AUGUCUUCCACCAGUGCAGACCCUAUCAAGUACGAACAGCAAGUAUACACCUCCGGUCUACACUCCAACCGCCCACCAUUUACCUUCCAGACCUCUGAGUGGGAAAAGCUAGCCAAGCCCGUCCUCUCCGGCUCAGCAUGGGGUUACAUCCACGGCAACGCAGGCGCCGGAUCAACAUACACCAAAAACCUCGCCUCAUUCUCCAAAUACUCAAUCGUCCCCCGCCGUCUCGUCCCAAGUCUUAAAGACGCGCAAGGAAACGAGCUUUUCAGCAAUGCCUCAAGUACAGUACUCGGAGAGAAACUCAAUUUCCCGAUUGCGUGUGCCCCUGUCGGCGUGCAGAAAAUCUUCAACUCCGCUGGUGAGUCGGCGGCGAGUAGAGCGGCGGCUAGUAUAGGGGUGCCGUAUAUUCUGAGCACGGCCAGCUCGACGAGUAUUGAAGAUGUAGCGAAGGCCAGUGGAGAGGGGGGACAGAGGUGGUACCAGCUUUACUGGCCUGCACGUGAGCACGACGAUAUCACAAUCUCCAUGCUCAACCGUGCGAAGAAGGCAGGCUACACGGCGUUAUUCGUCACGCUGGAUACCUUUGUCCUUGGCUGGAGACCGUCGGAUAUGGACAAUGGCUACAACCCCUUUCUGCACGCUGACCGCAUCGGCGUGGAAAUCGGAUUCACAGAUCCCAUUUUCCGCGCCAAGUUCAAGGAAGAACAUGGGUAUGACAUUGACGAAGAUGCCAAGACUCACCCUAUCGACACCGAAGGCGGCUCGCUCAGCAAAGCGGCCCAAGAAUGGACCAAAGUUGUAUUUCCAGGGCACUCGAAGAGCUGGAACGACAUCAAGUUCCUGCAAGAACACUGGGACGGUCCCAUCGUGUUGAAAGGUAUUCAAAGUGUAGCGGACGCGCAGAAAGCCGUGGAAGCUGGCGUGCAAGGGAUUGUGGUGAGUAACCAUGGGGGCAGACAGCAGGAUGGCGGGGUGCCGAGUCUGGCGGUGCUGCCGAAGAUCGUGGAUGCUGUUGGAGAGAAGAUAGACGUGCUGUUUGAUAGUGGCGUUCGGUGUGGUGCGGAUGUCAUUAAAGCCGUUGCGCUAGGCGCGAAGUGCGUUCUGGUUGGCAGGCCGUAUAUCUAUGGCCUUGCUUUGGGUGGGGAGGAGGGAGUGAGACAUGUUCUGAGGGCGUUGUGUGGCGAGAUUGUCAUGGGUAUGCAUCUCGCUGGCCUACGCACACUCGAGGAUGUCGAUAGGGAUAUUUUGGUUAGAGAUUAUGAUUUGUUUUAG